AUAUCAAUGGAUAGAAAGGUCUUUUGUCUAUUUAGGAAAACUUAUUUUGAUUAUUUUUUCUUUUAAUUUUUUUUUGUGACAAAAACUUAACAUGAUUGUUUUAGAGAUUUUCCUCUUUUAUGUAGUCUAUUUAGUAUUGGUCAAAUUUUGAGUAGAUGUAAUGAUUUUUUCUCCUUUGAAAAAGAGUAGAUAUAAUGAUGUUUUUUUUAGAAAACUUAAAAAAUUAAAUGUUUUCUUAAUCUGUGUGCAUAUUUGUAAAACAACAUUUAUCAAAAACACAGUAGGAAUGAUAUAUAGUAAAAUUCAUAAACAAAUUUAAAUAUAUAAACAAAAGAAACGGAUGAAUGAUCUUUUCCUUUUAAAAAUAUAUAUUUAGUUUUCUUUUAUCACUCUUCAACUUUUUUCUUCCAAACGCAGUAACAGUUGUAGAAGAAGACGCCGUCUCUCUCUUACACCAUAAGAAAAAACAAAAGAGACAGACUUCUCUCCGUACCCUCAAAACACAUUUUAGCACAGAAAAUUCCAGCAAAAGAAAAAAAAAACAAAUCUCUUUCUUUUUGGCUUCUGCUUUAAUUUGUUCUUUUUGCUAUCUUCUUACAUAUAACUAAAGAUUUGAUGUUUGAGGAAAAGAAGAAGUUCAUGGACGAUUUCGAGUUCUUACCUGAUGAGUUGAGAGGACGAACUUCGUACAGUACUGACGUUCAGGGAGCUCCUCCGACUUGUGCCUCUGCCAGAUUUCGCUUUUCUGGUGAUUCUGCACCCUCCUCCUCCUUGACGUCGAUUUCAAACCCAUUCGUGAACCAACCGUCUCGCAAAAACAUGAACACAACAGCUGGUUUGUGUCAGAAUCUCAGUAAAAUGGGUAUCUCCGACGAUGAAGAAAGGAGUAGUUUCACCGGAUCCCAUCCUCCUUUUCUGGAAAAUCUUCAUGGAUGUUUCAGAUUGACACUUGGUGGUUCUUCUCAUCGUCAAAGUCUAACGCAGAGCUCUCACGGUGACAACAGUCGCAUGCUUGGAUUGCUUGCUCGGGAAGACUACUUCCCUAACAACCACAUACGAGGCUUUACAGAGAACACGUCACGUCGAAACAGAGAUUACUACCACCUCUUCGAGGAGCAGGAACAAAACCCACGACGACACAUUUCUCUUUCAGCAGUGAGAGGAGUUUCUUCUAAAUGCAUGAAGGAAGCUUUGUCUCCAGAUCUUGUGUCCGUGCUUGGAAUCUACGGAUCUGUCUACCUAACUGCAAAAGAUCAGCUGGGUUGUCGGUUUUUACAGAAACUGAUGCAAGAAAGAAGCUCCCUUGAUGUUAUGGUUAUAUUCAGAGGAUUGAUAAAUCAUGUCAUCGAACUUGGAAUGGAUCAGUUUGGGAAUUUUCUCAUACAAAAGCUUAUCCUAAUCUCCAACGAAGAACAGAGAACAAAAAUCCUCAUCAACCUGACCUCCACACCUGGCUUGCUUAUCGAAAUCUCCCUCCACAACUAUGGGACAAGAGUUGUGCAGAAGCUGAUUGAGACAGUGAGAACAAAGACAGAAAUCAAUCUGGUUAAGUUAGCUCUUAAACCGGGUUUGCUCUCUCUCGUUAGAGAUUUAAAUGGAAAUCAUGUUAUUCAAAGUUGCUUAAAAUUCCUUUCCCCUGAAGAUAACAAGUUCAUUUUGGAGGGUGCUACCAGGUUCUGUGCCACAAUUGCAACUCAUAAACAUGGAUGUUGUGUGCUGCAACACUGUGUUAAAUACUCGGUUGGUGCGGAACGUGAGAAUCUCAUUGCUGAAAUAGCCAGAAACUCUCUCCACCUUGCACAAGACCCUUUCGGGAACUAUGUGGUGCAAUACAUAAUAGAGCAGAACUUAGGGGGAGUAAAUGUAAUGUUUGAGUUAAAAGGGAAUUAUGUGAGGUUGGCUACACAGAAGUUUAGUAGUCAUGUGGUGGAGAAAUGUCUUAUACAUUAUCCAGUGAGUAGAUCCCAGAUCGUCCGCGAGCUCGUCUCUGUUCCAAACUUCGAGCGUCUUCUUCAGGACCCCUUUGCUAAUUAUGUUAUCCAGUCCGCUCUAUCUAAAGCUAAGGGCUAUGUUCGGGCGAGCUUGGUGGAUAAAGUACGUACAUUUGGAAACCUUAAGAUGAAUCCAUAUUGCAAGAGGAUAUUCUCCAAGAGCCGCCACUUGAGGAAAUGAUCAUAACAGAUUUAACCCCUAAUGCAAAAAAAAAAAGUAUUGUUGUUUUGCUGAAGAUGUAGGACAUGACACUAUGAUCCAUACAAGACAGAAGAUCCCCUUUGUUGUCUCUUGUCUUUUUUGGAUGUUGUUUAUCUUCUAGUAUUGAAAUUGAUCUAACGAGUCAUGUUUUUAUGUGGUUAACAUUUUCCUCCCUGAGUUAAAUUGUGUUUUUGAAAUAGAAUGAGAUGGAGAUUUUAUGAUUAGGUUUUGGUUCGGUAUCUUCGGUUUUCAAUUUUAUCGGGUUAUCGCAGAAAUGAAAUCAAAGACAAAUUAUCUAUAAUUUGGUUUUGUUCGGUUUGAUGUAGUUUGGUAUCUUUUUAGUGUAACAUGUAGUUAACUAAAACAUAUAAACGAGAUUUUACUGAGUUCAUGCUUCAAACUUAAAGCCUUAAUCUUGCAAGGGUUUUUAAUUCAAAAAAUGCAAUAUAUUACUAACUUUAUAGUAAACAUUACAAACUACCAUCCAAAACUUGUUAAUCAAGUACACAACUCGUCUCUCCUCAGUCCUCACCAACCUCUGAAUCUUGUCUCCCUGCGUUUCCUUUUAUGCCAAAACCGAGCUCUAAAACGCAGGGCAACAGAGUUCUUCUUUAGGCAAAGCACGUGACGUAUGCGUGCGGCGUGCCAUUUGAAUUGUGUAAACUGGGCUAAUCCAUUGCCUUAUUUGAGUAACCAUAUCCUUUGAAUCCUCAAGAUAAACUAAAUAGUCUCCUUUGUCUUUCAUUUUAAUUUUCAAAGAAAUUUUUGAUUUUCCAACAGUUUUUUUUUCCUUUUCCAAUAGAUUAUUAUUAUAUUUAAAAUUUUUGAAAACAGAAAUAUUGAAAUGCAAAUCUCAAUAAUAGUAGCAAAGAAGUUUUUGUAUAAAUCACAAAAUAAUAUUUAUUAAACUUGAACAUAUUAAAUUAUCAAUAAUGAAAAGUAUAUUUUUAAAUUUUCCAAAAUUUAUUUAUUUAACGUAUAAUUUAUUUUAAAAUAAAAAUAUUCAUUUAUGAAAAGUAAAUAAAAAAUAUUUUUAAAACUACAAACUUUUCACUACUUCGUGAAUGUUUAUCCUUCCUAAAUACAUACUACUUGAAUAUCUGUUUUAUUACAUACGAAAACAAAACAUUUUAGCUGUCAUAUUUUAGGAUGAAUCAGUUACCAUUUUUUCAACAUCAAAUCACUACUCAAAUUUAAAGUGAUAUGAGUAAUAAGACCAUAACAAAGCAAUCAAUAAAACAAAUCUCAAAGAAAAAAUAUAAAAAUCUUUGCUAAAGAAUCUGCUACUGAAUUACUUAACAACUUUAUAGCUUAUAAACAUUCAAGUAAUAUAAAAUUAUUUUUAAUUGAAACAUGAUAUCUACCUAUAGAAAAGAUCAUGAAAGAUGCGAUCAAAAUAGUACUCGAAUCUAUAUACGACCCCGAGUUUCCAGAUACAUCACAUUUUCGCUCGGGUCAAGGCUGCCACUCGGUUUUAAGAAGGAUCAAAGAUAUUAGCAUAUCUAACCAAAUUUGAGAUGUUAUAUAAAUGAACACAAAAAAUUCCGUCUUACAUUUUUAGAAAAGUCCUCCAAAAAUGUAGGUAUGUUUUCUAAAUAUGAAAAUUUGUGUAAAUAAGUACAAAGAUUCACAUUUAUACAUUAAAAUAUAU